AUGCGCGGACGUUCCGUUUUCGAAGAGUUAGAUAUGAGCGCCGCGCCGGCGCGCCGCCGUCGCCGUGUCUUAGCGUCAGCGCGCCGCCGUCGAACGAAACGCGCGGCGCGCCGUCGCGACAUGUACAAACCAGUCUACCGCCACUCGACCGACCGAACCGCGUCUGAGCUGCGCUCGCUCAGUCGAGUUUGUCACCGUGGCGAGCGAACGGCCCAAGUGAAAGCUUACUCUAAAGGAAUAGCCACAAGUAAUCUUCUCAGACAUUUGAAAGAUGCACAUGGUGUAGAAGAUACACAAAGGUCGCAGCCUUCGAGCAUAACACAGUUUUUUUCUCCGAGGACUCCGACAACCAGUAGCAGUAGUAAGAGGAGCAGCAAUAAGUGGUCUUUGUCUCGAGAUUUAGCUCUUUGGUUUGCUAGAUCUUUGAUUCCAUUUGACAGUGUGGAAAAUGAUGCAAUGAUUGACUUUUUGAAAAAGUACAACAUUAUUGUUUCCGCCGACGAUUUGCCCUCGAGGCACAACAUAGCACGAGAAGGACUGGAAGAUGUGUAUAACAAUGCAGGUGGCAAUAUGAAGAGAGCUGCGAAUUUAUUAGGCUUUGAUAACCAUCUUUGCCUUGGUCAUGCUCUCCAUAAUCUAGUCAAUGUAGAUGGUAUCGCAAACACAAGGGAAAUAUCCAAGUUAUUAAAAAAAUGCAAGAAGAUUGUUAAGCAUGUCCGUUACAGGGCACCACGUGUUGAAGCCGCUGCAUCUGCAGCACAAAAUGAUCUGCUUUCUUUUAUUGAAGAAUUCGCGGAACAUGUAGAGGAUGAAGAUAGCGACUCAACCGAUUCUGAAUCGGAAUCAACUGAGAUACCUGAAAGAGCUUUAAGUUCCAGAAAACAUUUGCAGCCCCCUCCUACUAUUAAAACGAGCACAAGCACAAGAUGGCACAGCGUCUUGAUGAUGCUGAAAAGCAUUUCUAACAGUGCAAAUCGUCAGCCUAUAAAUACAGUUCUGAAUGAAAUAGGUCGAGGUAGUCUCGUAAUACAAGAUAUAGACUAUGAAAAUAUUGAGGCCUUAAUAAAAUUCUUAGAAAAUUUUAAAAAAAUUGUAGAAAUUCUAAGUUCAGAAACUCAGCCAACUAUAAAUUUGGCUCUGGUAUUUCGCUCGGAAAUAAAAAGAUUGCUGGAAGAAAUGGGUGAUGAUGAGCCUCUUGUAAUAAGAAGGCUAAAAAAUAAUAUGUUAGCGGGUUUAGAAUCUCGAUUUCCUUUGACUGAUGUGGUUGUUGCGGCAACCUUACUCGACUGUCGAUUCCAUGGAAUUAAUGAGAUAGAGGAAUUUAUGAAAACAAAAGGAACCACUAAAGUUUCAUUUCUGGCAUCAAUGGUCAGAAGUCGAUUGAUGACAGAAGACAUUCCUCAAAAUAAAAUUACUGAUUCUGCCGGGGAAGUCGGGACGAGUUCUUCCGUUAACGCUGCAAACUUUUUACUGGAUUUGGCCCGAAAGCACAGCGCUACUCAACAAGAUGCCGAAAGUGCUGUUGAAAACGAAUGUUGGACUUAUUUCGCGACAGCAAGUCCUGAACAUUUACAGCCUUACGGUGGAGAUGUUCUGCAAUACUGGAGGGACAAAAAAACUUGUAUGCCAUCAUUAUAUGCUCUCGCACGAUCAAUCUUAAAUAUACCUGCUACAAGCACACCGAGCGAGAGAGUCUUCUCCACAGCUGGACUAAUGUUAUCGCCAAGAGAGGACGAUGACGAUGACAGUCACCUUUGCAUCAAAUGCAACACCACCAUCGUUGGCUUGGAUAACUACGUGAAGCACAGGAAGCAACGAUGUGGAAAACUAAAACCUGAAGACCCCAAACCAGAACUACCAGCUAUUGACACACUGGAACCUUCUUACAGCCUUGGAGCAGAUGUGUUCUUUCAGUCUCUAGAGUUACAAAGCUCUGUAAAGAAGACUUCUUUAUCUAGACUAACACCACCUAUACCUAUCUCUAAAGCUAGUAUCGACCGAAAAACUUCUCUGGCUGUGCCAUCUACAUCUAGGGAUAUUCCUCGCAUGAGUCCAUUAGAAAAUAACCUCAGAGGCGAAGAUUGGAUUGGAGGACACAGCUUAAGAAUUGGAAGUAAUGAAGACAACCAAACAAAAUUAAUUAACGCAGUCGCUAGUAUCAGCGGCGCAAGUCAAGUCAAGAAAGACAUACCAACUUCGUCUUAUAGUAUAAAUUAUGAUUAUAAAGCCGAUGAAGAAAGUGAUGAAUCUGAAGAGUCUGAAGAUGAUGAAGAAGAAGACCAUCCCACUGGAGCUAAAUGGAAACCGCCUCCGAAUUACACAGGAGGAAAAUGGCGACCAGCUUCACCCGACCAUGAAGACUGGGAUAUGAGAGAAGAGCAAGAACACACUGGAGGUAAAUGGAAACCAAUAAUGCCUGACAAUAAUGAGCGCGAUGAAGAUUAUGAUGCCCCUCCUCCUGGGCAUACAAAAGGCAAGUGGAUUCCUGGUGCUAACGAAAAGACUCAAAUAAUGCAAACCACAAUACAAAAUAAAGGAUCAGUACAAUAUUGGUGCGGUCCUUGUAACAGAAGACUUAAUUCCAGAGCAAUUUAUGACAAGCACCUUCGAUCCAGUUUGCAUUUGAAGAAAGUUCUUCCAGAACAUGAAUUGGAAUUCUCUGGCCACCUAGAGCCAAUGAAACCUGUGAUGGACAAGCGAUUGACACGUCCAUCUAGGUUUAUUAACGACGAUAUUUAUUCGCAAAUGGAGAAAAAACGACACGGUAAGGCAGAAACUAAGAUUAACAUUAAAAUUCAAAAGAAGAAAAGGAAGAGAAAGAUUACUUUUGUGCAUUGUUCUGGAUGCAAAUCACGUGUGAGACAACAUUUGAUGGGAAAGCAUUUGAUAUCACACUACCACUUUAGAAAAGCCACUGACACCAAUACGGUUACGUACCAACAACUCAUCUUGGAUAAUAUGGAUGCAAUAGUCCAUCAAUCCCCCUUCCAGUGUAGUCCGUGCAAGUUCUAUACAAACUGGCUUUCAACGUUCAUGCAGCAUUGGUUUUCUGAAGAACAUGAACAAAAACUAGCUUCAAUUGAAGGGAGACUCUGGUGCUCUUUUUGCAAAUUUGAUUGCGAAUCAUCCCAAGAAAUGCUGCAACAUUUGUCUAGCUCAGACCAUAGCGAAGUGGUCGCUGUUAUUAAUAGAUCUAUGCCCAUCAUAAUAAGAAAAAAGACGCUGUUCAAAUGUGACGCUUGUUCCAAAGAAUUCAGAUACAAUAUCGAAAUGAAACGUCACUGUCAGAAAACCGGCCAUCCACUGGCGAUUACGGCCACUGACAACUAUCAGGAACUGCACAAAUGUCAGCACUGUAAAGCUAAAUUCAAAUCUUCUCUUACUCUUGCCGCUCAUUUGAAAUCUAAACACGAACAGAGAGCUUACCUUUGCUUGGUCUGUGAUAUGAACUUUAAAUCUUCUGAUGAGGCGAAGCGUCAUCGCCAAACUUCAGAACAUCGCAUAAAAAGAAAGGAAAACCUGAGAGAACAAGGAUUACCAACGAAAGACAUGACCAAGAAAUGCCCUUAUUGUACUGAUAAUGUAAUCCUGAGAAAUAUUUUAGUUUUGAAAGAACACAUUCGUCGUGUGCACCCUAAUAUAAGAAAAAAGUGCCCUAAGUGUGGUAUGUCUUUUAUCCUCUCUCAGGAAGUCACUCGCCACGUCAGAGACAACGCGUGUCAGUUGUCGCAGACUGCACAAAUCACAUCAUCCAUCUUCUGGAACUGUAGCCAGUGCCUCUUCACCACUGACUCCCAAGCUGAGUAUCAGCAUUAUCCCGUCACACAAGUAGCUGUGCCAGUGGGCCUACGGCACGUCACUGUCCCCAUGACCAGUGUACAUAUGUGGCCACGAAUUCCAGUCAACUGGCUAGAUGGCGUUGCAAUCGGAAAUUAUGGUUUCAGACAUCGCAGAUCACAUGGAGAGCGUAUUAAACACCAUGAAUGCCACCUUUGUACAUUCAAAAGUGAUCAAGCAAGUCAUAUGAAAAGGCAUAUGCUGUGCCAUCAAGGAGUUAAACCGUAUGCCUGUCCUCAUUGCUCUUUUACAUGUGGAAGCUUGGAAAAUCUUCGCAAACAUGUCCUCCGAAGCGGUCGUCACCAAGGGUUAUUUCUUUACCAUUGCCGAUUGUGCCCCUACAAUACAAAUACAGCGACUGAACUACGUGCGCAUUUAACUACAGCUCACUCUAACAAAUACAAUGCCAAAAGUGCUAUUGAGGCUGUUAAAAUGCAUUUAAUCGUUGAGGAUACGAAUCAAUAAGUUGCUCAUUAUCUAUUUGAUUUAAACUUUUAUAAACUGAACCUAACUGUGGCUAUUUUAAAGUCAAUAAACGAUUUCAAGAAAUUAUAAGUUCCAUUUUUUAUGUAUUCCAGCCAAGGUUGCAGGGUAGGUGCAAGAAGGCACUGCCAGCUGGGCCUAGAGCAGGAAAAG